AUGGGUUCAACUGCUGCAUUUGACAAGCAUGCCAAAACUUCUAAUUUGAGAGCCAAUACAAUCGAUCUUGGCUUCUCUACACUGACAAUCGACAAUACAGUAAUUGCUUUGAUCGACUGCCCUGGACACGCGUCAUUAAUCAGGUCGGUGCUUGCAGCGUCAUCAGUUUUUGACAUGGCAAUUGUUGUGAUAGAUAGCAGCAAAGGAAUCGAGCAGCAAACAGCUGAACAUCUCCUUCUCGUAUCACUGUUCUGUCCAGAUCAUGUAAUCCUUGUUAUUAAUAAGAUUGAUUUAAUAGACGAGAGAGCAGUAGAGCAAAUGACGAAACGUUGCAGAAAGGUGGCAUCUAGCUUAAAGCUAAACUCAAAUUUGCAAAUUGUGCCAGUAUCGUUAACGCAGCAAAGGGAGGAAGCGAUAGUGUCAUUAAUGAAUGCUUUGCGUUUAGCUGUUUACACACCUCAGCGAGUUUCUUCUGGUCAUUUCAUGAUGUUUGUUGAUCACUGUUUCCCUGUUAAAGGUAAAGGGACAAUAAUGACAGGCACUGUUGUCGAUGGAAUGUGCAAAGUUGGAAUGGACGUGGAGAUAUCAGCUUUACAAGAAAAACGUAAAAUUAUAAGUAUGCAACGUUGGAAAGAAAACGUCCUUAGCGCAGGAAUGGGAGAUCGAGCAGCUUUAUUAUUUCACAAUGUUUCUGGCAAGGAUAUCAACCGAACGAUUAUAUAUGAACCAGGAACACUGCGCCGUGUGCAAUUCUUACUGGUCAGUGUGAAUCGAGUAGUGCAUUUUCAAGGAGUUCUUCGCCAGAGUUCCAAGUUACAUGUUUCAACUGGUUUCGAUACUGUUAUUGGACAGUGCCAAUUUUUGGCUCCAGAACUGUCCGGAGAAGAGGAUCAUUAUGAAGUAGUGCAGGAACUGGAUGGAACUGUGAAAUUCGCAAUACUUAGCUUAGAACACUUUCUGUAUACAAAAGAAGGUAGCUUUUUUAUCACAUCCAGAUUAGAUUACCAGGGAAAAGGCUGUCGGUUUGUCUUUCAUGGUAGGUUUUUGAAGUUACUUAGUAACGACAAACAGAUAUGUCGAUUUCGGCGGAAGAAAAAAGUUGGAAAAGUUGAACGAAUCGAAAAUAAACGAAGCAUAAUUUGCAAUUCUCUGUUCAAGAAAGAAACAAAUAUUGAUAUAUAUUGUCACAUGGACGUUUACCUUUCUACUGGUGAAGUAGGUCGCCUAGAAUCUGCAUUCGGAAAAGGAGGAAAAGUUCGGAUAUCACUUUUGGAGGACUUACCAGAAAGUACGAGGACUGCUUGUAAGAAUGGAUUAGAAAUACAAGUGACACUAUAUUUCAAAAAAUUUUUGAAUGAUGGCAGAAUUAAGUGCUGUUCACCAGGUCUCGUCACUCAAUAA